CCCGGCCGCCCGAAGUCAGUCGACAGUCCGGUGCGGUGGAAUGUGGUUGUGUUCGCAUUUUGUCCGCGAGCGCCGCGCAUCUUUCAUUCAUCCACCUGUGUGGUAGUGCGCGACGGCUCGAUCGUCGGCGGCGGUGGCAACCUCCUGGUCUUAGCGUCGUCGCCGACAUCGUCCACCGUAGACGACGGUGGUGUCGCUCAGACGGUAUCCCCGCGCGGACGCUCGGUGGACGGAGAAGCUCUCGCUGACGCGACGCGCGCGACGCGACGCGCGUUCCUUCGGACAUCGCAUCCUUAGCACGCGCGAAAUGUCGCGGCGCCGUACGGCGGCGAGCACGGCGCCGACGCGGAGCACGCAGUGAAAAUAUCAUUCCGGCGCGCGAUCAAACGCACCAUGGACCACCACCUCUCCUGCCGGCCACGACGCGCACAAAGGACGGAUAGAAAGCAGUGAGUGAGUGAGUGGAAGCAGCGUAUACGAGAGUGCGGGAGCAAGAUGGCGGAAUCGAACUAUUAUCAGAAACGAUUAUCUCCCUCCGCGAGAUGUGAGUCUCUCGCCGCCGCCGCCGCCGCCGCCGCCGCUGCCUCGACAACGACGACGACGACGACGACGACGACGACAACAACAACAACAACGACGACGAUCCGAACAGUGACCAACGGUGACGCGCGCUUUGAGAGAACAACGAUAGCGUCGUGCGAGCCUCUGUCUAGGCCGUGAAAGUCGUCUCGCGCGCGCGGCCACGGGAACAAUGUCGUUCAUCAGCGUGGGCAGAGCGAAGGGGAAAUCGACGAGCACGAUCAAAUGCGUGCCGUUGGCCAAAGUGUCCAGCUCGAAGUACUUCCGGGCUUGCAUCGCGCCCUGCGCGGGCGAUAACAUCAGGCACCCAGUUCUUUACGAACUGUCCAGCAAGUAUGGAGUGGCCAGCAGCGACCAGGUGCCCUUGCCGGUCCGUCUCGAUGUGCUUCGGGAGCACAUACGCCGAGAAAUACGCAAGGAGCUGAAGAUAAAAGCCGGCGCGGAGAAGCUGAGGGGAGUGGCGACCGAUCGCAAGGCCCUCUCCGACGUAGCGACGAUCGUGAAGAAGUCGAACAGCAAGCUGAACGAGCUCCAGGCCGAGCUGCAGCAGCUCGAGAGUCAAAUUAUACUGACACAGGGCCAGCCCCAAUCGCCGCAGCAGAAUCACUCCAACGGUCAAGACACGCCUCUAUCACCGAUGGGGCCUUCGUCGCCGAGUCAGGAAGGUCUAUUCACGGAUCUUCGUCUUCUGUCCUUGGAGAAGCAGCUCAAUAUCGAACUGAAGGUCAAGCAGGGCGCUGAGAACAUGAUACAGAGCUUGACGAGCGGCCACCGCGACAAGAAGCUGCUGCAGGAGGCUCAACAGAUGCUAGACGACUCCCGCGCCAAAAUCGAGUUCCUACGGAUGCGAAUCAUGAAGGUGCGCCAGGCACGGCAGCAGCAACACGCGCGGGGCGACGCGCCGCCGCCGAACGGCGAGGCAACUAGCAACAAAGAUAGGUAUGAGCCCAGCUUGGAGCUCGCGUUGGAGGAGCGGGUGGAGGAGCUGCGGCAUCGAUUGCGGAUAGAGGCGGCCGUCGUGGAAGGUGCCAAGAACGUGAUACGUCUUCUACAAAGUGCCAAAGUCGCUGAUAAGAAGGCUCUAACUGAGGCUCAGGCAAGCCUCGCGGAAUCCAGUAGAAAAUUGGACUUACUGAGAUUGUCCCUCGAACUCAGAAGGCAGGAGCUACCACCCGACAGCGGCACCGCGGCUCAAUUAAAGAGGGAAUUAGCUAGCGUGCAGUCAGCUAGUCCGGUUCCUGUGACUUACACAUCACUGCAACCGUUCCGCGGCCCCUUGGAAGGUCGAGCUACAGUGCCAGCUUCGGUGUCGAGAUGCGCCGCUGUCACUGGACAACUAGAGGUAAGAUUAAUGGGAUGUCAAGACUUGGCAGAGGAAGUGCCUGGACGUACGAGAAGGGAGCAUCCUGCUAGUCCUGAUCUGCGUAGUUUCGUCAAGGGUGUCACAGGUCGCAGCUCGAGCAAGUCGUAUAGUGUGAAGGACGAAACAAGCAAUGAUAUUAUGGCGGUUAUAAAAUUGGAUAACCAAACAGUAGCACAAACUAGUUGGCGCCCAUGUUCUCAACAGGCUUGGGAUCAAAGGUUUUCUAUCGAGCUCGACAAGUCGAGAGAACUCGAGAUAGGCAUUUACUGGAAGGAUUGGAGGUCUCUUUGUGCGGUGAAAUUUUUACGUUUAGAGGAAUUCAUCGACGACGUUCGUCACGGCAUGGCGCUACAGUUGGAACCGCAAGGCCUCCUGUUCGCGGAGAUCAAAUUCCUGAAUCCUAUGAUUUCGCGCAAGCCCAAGUUGCAGCGCCAACGCAAGAUCUUCAAGCAGCAGGUGAAGAAUUUCCCGAGGGCCAAUCAGAUGAACAUAAACGUCGCGACUUGGGGCAGAUUGCUCAAACGCUCCGCACCUUCGUUACACAAUUCCAGGAAUUCGGAGAGUCCGCCAUCAGGACCACAACCGUUGCAGCUUGUAUUUGAUACCUCAAUAGAAGAUAAGCCUGAAACUCCCGGAGAAGUGCCUGAUCCGGAGAAAGGUGGUCUCGGAGGCGCACGGCCUUUAGGAAUGUCGACGUCGAGCAAUAGUCCAAUUUUGCCGCGUCCACCGGAACACCCGCCGCCCCCGCCGCCAACCGUUACGAAGAAACCAUCUAUACCCGCACCCGCACCACCUCCGAAACUGGAUCAAGAAUUACAGAGUGCAUUAAGGGAGUUUGAUUUUCUGCACAACGAGGAAAAGGGGGGGCCUCAGGGCGCAAAUUUGAGGCCCCUUGUGACAGAGCCUCGGCCUGUGCUGAUUGCACCACCCUCUCCACGCACACCCUCGCCCCAACCUGUGGUCGAGUUUCCUGAGGAUGAGGUUGUAUACGAACUACCAGUGAGGCCUCUACAGUACAGGGACAGUGCCUACGAGUCGAGAAGGCACUCUCAGCUCACUGGCAUGACUUUAGAGAACUUCAGGCUGCUUUCCGUGCUCGGUCGUGGACAUUUCGGCAAAGUGAUAUUAUCUCAAUAUAGAAACACGGGCGAAUACUUCGCUAUCAAGGCUCUGAAGAAGGGUGAUAUUAUAGCUAGAGACGAAGUGGAAUCCUUACUCUCUGAGAAGAGAAUAUUUGAAGUAGCAAACACAACGCGCCAUCCUUUCCUCGUCAACUUGUUCGCGUGCUUUCAAACUGAGGCACACGUGUGUUUCGUGAUGGAAUACGCAGCUGGGGGUGAUCUUAUGAUGCAUAUUCACGCUGACGUCUUCGGAGAGCCGCGCGCGGUGUUCUACUCUGCUUGUGUUGUGUUGGGACUGCAAUAUCUGCACGAAAAUCGCAUUAUUUAUAGAGACCUGAAGCUGGAUAAUCUUCUAUUGGACACGGAAGGUUACGUUAAAAUCGCGGACUUUGGUUUGUGCAAGGAAGGUAUGGGAUACGGAGACAGAACAGGUACUUUCUGCGGUACACCUGAAUUCUUAGCGCCGGAGGUUCUGACGGAAACUUCUUAUACAAGAGCUGUAGACUGGUGGGGUCUCGGAGUCUUGAUAUUCGAAAUGCUCGUCGGAGAGUCUCCCUUCCCAGGCGACGAUGAAGAAGAAGUGUUCGACUCCAUUGUGAAUGACGAGGUCCGGUAUCCACGAUUCCUCUCUCUCGAGGCGAUAGCGAUCAUGAGAAGGUUACUCAGAAAGAAUCCCGACAGAAGGUUAGGUAGCAGCGAAAGAGACGCGGAAGACGUGAAGAAACAAGCGUUCUUCAGACACAUUGCUUGGGACGACUUGCUUCUGAGGCGCGUGAAGCCACCCUUCGUGCCGGUAAUCCACUCUGUAGAGGAUGUCAGCAAUUUUGAUGAAGAAUUCACAUCGGAGAAGCCGCAAUUGACGCCUCCGAAAGAUCCUCGUCCUCUCAGUGAUGUGGAACAAGUCAGUCUUGGACACACUGGCAAGUAAUUUGGAAGGUGCGGAUAAUAGCAGGAUCUUUCACGUGCCUGUUUUAUAUAUGGUUAAUAUACGUAAGUCCUUAAACUUAAUAUUUUUGAUGAUGAAACAUACAUAUAUUGUGUGAUCCUGAAAUGAAAAAUAUAAAAUUUGCGCGAAAGGACGUUUGGUGAUAAAACAGGCAGAGAAAAGUGCGGCACGGCGGCAUUUAUCGUGCAUCGAACAAUGUCGCAUUGCGUAAGAGACACGAGUCUAAUUCCCUUCAAUGAUAUGGCAAUUUGGAAUGGAAUAUGAGGACCCCAAAUUUAAAUCAACUUUAUAUCGAAAUUGUUUGUAUAUUUUGCAGACACAAGACCACUGUGUAGAUGUCCACCGAUGUGUUAUUUUUUUAUAUCUUACACGGGUUAAAUGUUCUACCGAUACCAUUCUUUUUAAGCUACUUUCAACUGCCAAAGUGUAAUACUUUUGAAGACCUUGUAAACAAUUUCAUAUGGUAAAAGUAUUUUUAUGUCGUGAUAAUACCAUUUUGUAUUUUGUGUUUUGAAGCGUAUGUGUAACUCGAUAUAGUUAGAGAAGGUAUCAUGAGCAAAUUAUUUUACCACUGAUAUUACACGCAAGAUCAUUUUCACGAUUUAGGAUAUAUGGUGUGGUCUAAAGGAGAACGGCACGUUUUAAAUAUGUAUAUAAUAUAUAUAAAAAUAUCGCGUAUGGUUUUUUUUUGUGUAGAUAGACUUAUUCUCUCUCUUAAUUCAUAGCAAUCUUUAUUAGGCGAUUAUUUCGUUAACUAGCCUUUUUUUUAUAUAUAUACAUAAUUAUAUAGCGUUAUACUAAAUAUAAAAAAUCUUGGUUAGAGAAAAUAUUCGCUAUAUAUUUAUCGUUAGUUUUAUAAUAAAAAAAAUUAUGUGCCUCGUAUAUUUUGUAGCAUCUACUAAUUAGUACACGAAUAAUGUGGUAGAUGCAGACAGACUCUUGUAAGGAUUAAUUUAUUUAAUGCAGAUAUAUUUGCAGUGGCAGCUUAUUACAUAUCACUUUAAAUAAUUACGCAAUCCUUCGAAGUAUACUCGAAAUUCAUAUUAUAUACGCAUAUAUAAAAAUUACUUUAAAAGAAUA